GAGAGGAAGAAAGAGAGAGAAAAAGAGAAGAGAUGGUCCUCCACAUCACUCCAUACACCAGUGCCUGUCUGCACUUUCUGGAUGGCUUGUCCUGGAGCUUGGUGUUCCCUUGUUACUGGCUCCUGGACCGGCUCCUGGCCUCCUGUGUGGCCACAUCGCUGGAGAAGCGACAGCGCUCCCAGGAUCCAUGCUCCUUCCUCACGCUGUGUGUCCUGAUCUCUGCACCUCUGUACCUACUUCUCCUCUUCGCCUCCCUGCCCUUUGCUCUGCUUGGCUUCAUCAUCUGGGCCCCCCUGCAGGCUGUCCGCCAGCCUUACCUGUACACCUACCGCAGACCAGACAAACACCAGGCUGAGGAGGGUCAAGCUGGUGGUGUCGGGACAGGAGAAUGGAGGCCACAGGGAAGAAGCUUUUGUUUCUGCAGUGCCAAUGUAUGCCUGCUUCCUGACUCCCUGGCCAGGUUCAACAACCUAUCAGACACCCACAGGAGAGCCCGAGAGGUGGGGAAGAGGAUCCGCAAUGGUGCCAGUCGGCCUCAGAUUAAAAUCUACAUUGACUCACCUACCAACACCUCUAUCAGUGCGGCAUCCUUCAGCAGCCUUGCCACAGGUUUCCGUCGUACCUCCUCUCUGGACCAGCGUCCAGACCAGACUCAUACAACCAAUGGCCCAGCAGACACAGAAACUGAACCCCUCACUGAGUGCCCUAUUCACUCCUCAGGUGCCACUGACUGCCCACUUCACUCCUCUUCUGCAGGAGAUCAGGGCCCUUCUGAAUGCCCACUCCACUCAGAUGGGGCAGACACCACAAAAGACUGCCCCCUGCAUACCACAGAGACAAAUGGUGCCUCAGACUGUCCGGUCCACACCUCAGUGGAGGCUGCGGACUGUCCCAUGCAUUCCACAGGGGGUCAAAAUGCCCAAAGCCAUCAUGAUUGUCCCAUGCACGGGGAGGGUGUUCAGCCAAAACCAUCCCCAGAUUGUCCACUUCACACCUCAGGGGUUCAAAUCAGCAUCAGUGCCCCAGAGCCAGACCCCCAGGAAGAGGAGGCAGAAACAGGGAACCAUCGAACAGGGGAGCAGGCAGACCCAGGCAGCAUGACUGCCUCCAGGGAGUCCCUUACCCGUUACCAUGGCGGUGAUGGCGGUAUAGGGAUAUCCUCCAACAACACACUCUCUCAUGUCCCUCGCACUUCAGUCUUUAAACGCCCUGGUCGUAAACGCCGCCAUGGAGAUGAGACAUUCGAUCAUGAAAUCUCUGCCUUUUUCCCUGCCAAUUUGGAUUUCCUGGCUCUACAGGAAGUGUUUGACCACGGAGCAGUAACCAGACUGAGACGGCAGCUGCACCGCUACUUUCCCUACAUACUGAGUGAUGUGGGGCGGUACGGCUGGAAAGGCUGUUGCUCAAGGUUUAAAUUCCUCAACAGUGGGCUGCUGCUGGCUAGCCGCUACCCCAUCCUGGAUGCACGGUACGAGUGCUUUCCCAACGGGAGAGGGGAGGACGCGCUGGCAGCUAAGGGGGUGCUGUUUGCCAAGGUUCAUGUGGGAACCUCCCAUCAGGAGCAAAGGGUUGUUGGAUAUCUUACGUGUACGCAUCUCCAUGCCAUUGAAGGUGAUGCAUCAGUACGCUGUGAGCAGCUUGACCUGUUGCUCCAGUGGGGGGCCGAGUUUCGCCAGUCCUCGUCCCAACCACCUGAAGGAGAGAAGGUUCUGGAAGACCUGGUGGCCUUUGACGUGAUCCUGGGAGACCUCAACUUUGAUAACUGCUCCUCAGAGGACAAGCUGGAGCAGCAGCAUGCACUUUUUACUCAAUACAAGGACCCAUGUCGCCUGGGGCCAGGAGAGGACAAACCAUGGGCUCUGGGUACUUUAUUGGAUCCCAGUGGCCUUUAUGACGACGAGGUCAGUUCACCUGAAAGUUUACAAAAAGUGAUGGAGAAUGAGGAGGGGAGAAAGGAGUACCUGGUGUUUCCUCCCAGUAAAAGCCAGUGUCCUGCCAGCAGUCAGAAAGGGAGGAAGAUCCCACUGAAGGGCAAUGGACGCAGGAUCGACUACGUCCUUUACAGCGAUGAGCACCUGCAGCAGGACUGGAAACAAGAAGUCGAGGAGUUCAGCUUUGUCACCCAGUUGGCCGGCAUCACCGACCACCUGUCUGUAGCCAUGCGACUGGCUGUCUGCACCGGGGAAGAGGAGCCUUAG